AUGCGACUUCUGGCUCUUUUAUUCGUUGUUGGCUUUUGCUAUGCCGCCAAAAUCACCAAUUUGCCAGGAUCGCCAAACGUGAAUUUCAACCAAUACUCGGGCUACUAUAAUGUCGGCGAGAAGAAGAAUCACAUGCUUCACUAUUGGUUCGUCGAAUCGCAAGGCAAUCCGGCGACCGAUCCGGUUCUUGUCUGGCUCACCGGUGGUCCCGGAUGCUCGGGACUCUCGGCGCUUCUCACCGAGUGGGGACCAUACAAUGUGAAUGCCGAUGGGGCGACGUUGUCGAUAAACCCGUACUCGUGGAACAAAUACGCCUCGAUAUUGACACUCGAGGCUCCUGCCGGAGUCGGCUAUUCGUAUGCGACUGAUAACAAUAUCGCAACCGGAGAUGAUCAGACUGCUUCGGAGAAUUGGGAAGCCCUCGUUCAAUUCUUCAAAGAGUUCCCACAAUAUGCCAAGAAUGAUUUCUACGUGACUGGAGAAUCUUAUGGAGGAAUCUACGUUCCAACUUUGGUUCAAACCAUCUUGGACCGUCAAUCUCAGUUCAACAUUAACAUUAAGGGAUUCGCAAUUGGAAAUGGAUGUGUUUCUGAAGACGAAGGAACUGAUUCGCUGAUCAACUUCCUCUAUGCUCAUGGAGUCGUCGAUCAAGAGAAAUGGAACAACAUCAAGGUAUCGUGCUGCCACAACGACACCGAUGGAUGCCCGUUCCAUUCGUUCUCCGAGUUCUCCAACUGCGGACUCUUCGUGUUGAGUGUUCAGCAAACCGCGUGGAAUGGAGGUUUGAACCCGUACAACAUGUAUGCGGAUUGUGUGAGCACCGGUGAGCAGAAGAGAUUGAUAAUGGAGCACGAGCGACGAUUCAAUAAGGUUGUGACGCCAUCGGAGCUCGGUGUGGUUCCAUGUCUUGAUGAGAGCCCGGUCACCAAUUAUUUGAACCGUCAGGAUGUUCGAAAAGCCCUCGGAAUUCCAUCUUCGCUUCCAGCUUGGGAGAUUUGCAACGACAAGAUCUCGCGAGGCUACAAAAGACAAUAUGGAGAUAUGACGUCGCGAGUGUUGAAUGCUGUCAAAAACAACCAAUUACGAGGACUUUUGUACAACGGAGACGUCGAUUUGGCGUGUAAUGCGUUGAUGGGACAGCGAUUCACCGAGAAUUUGGGACUUCAAAUGACGAAGAAGAAGACGAAAUUCUCGGUUAACGGACAAAUUGGAGGAUAUGUGACCGAAUACAAGAACAUGAAAUUCACGACGGUUCGCGGUGCUGGACAUAUGGUGCCGACCGACAAGCCAGCAGUCGCUGAUCAUAUCAUUCGAUCGUUCCUUAAUAAUAAGUCGUUCUAA